AUGUCUGAGCGACAUGAGUUACCAUUAGUGUGGCGCGGCAGAGUACGAAUAAGAGGGGCUACUUCUGUUUCAACCUUUGGUGGUCCUUUGGGCGUUCGUUACGAAGUAGUUGCAGUUCACCCUUACAUCCCGGAUCGAUACUCUCCAUUCUUAUUGGUUACCAGGUCGCCGGAUAUGCUAUCUGAUGGGGUUGUCAUUACUUUUUCCGGUUUGGCCGUCUUCUUCGGUCCCGACAAGCCUCUAAUCGUUAAUGCAGAGUAUGUUACCGAUUGUAACCGUGAUACCGUCAGCAGCUGGUGGAUUCUCACUGUUCUUCACAACGCAUGGGUAGACUCAUUGGGGCGAUAUGUAGAAUUCGAGGUCAAGUACGUCGAUAAUCAAGGUCUAAUAUCCACUCUACCGCACUGUGUUGGAUUGAGCAACACCAUCAUAGACCUCGAGGGAACUGUAAUGCAGCACGCCGGAGACACAGGAGAGUGGGUUAUUUUUGGGGUACAAAAAUUACCUUUCAAGUGUGGAAUUCAAACGCCAGUUGGUGCUAACUACAAAGCCAGCACCGCCUCUGGAAGAACACUAAGUCCCCUUUGCAACCGGCCCAGACUCCACUACGUAUACGGUGUUAAACUCCAAUCUUUUCAAGUACUGUGCGUAGCCCGACAAAGUUCCGCUGAGCAACACCAGGGCGUCCAGUUGGAACAUUUCCAGGCCGAGCGUCCCCAUGGUGUCAUUUCUUAUUGUGUACCGAACUCGAAAAGAAACUGUGCUGAAGGACUUUGGCCAGGUGUAGAUUCAAUCACGUUUGCUGGGGCCAUUUGUGGACCGUCAAUAGUGAUGAAUAGUUCAGUUGAGUAUUGGCCCAUAGAAGCGAUUGCAUUGCCAUGA